GAGAGAGAGAGAGCGGCACAAAGGAGAAGCGGGCAACAGCAGCAGAAGCGGCAGCUCCUCAUUGAGAUUGCUUGAAAUACGCAGCAGAAGAAAGGGAGAAGUGAGUGCGACUGAUAGUGAGUAACUCACUUUUUCUUUUUCUUUUUUGAGGGAAGAAGAAGAAGAAGAAGAGAAUACAGGACAUACGCGACCACUUUGGUGGCCCAUUUACUUGUGGAUAUGCCAGCCUUCCCUUUGUGCGACUUCCCAUCCGAGAGGCGCACGGUGGGGGAGAGGUAGGGGGACACCGGCUCUCCCACCACUGCUCUCCUCACCAUGAGCUAAUUUCUGGACUUGCACGAGGACAUCAAGGAUGGGGAUCACAUCGGAGACAAGUCGAGAGGUUUGAAUCAUUGGGACCAAGUGUCCUUACCCUUUACUCCUCCCCCUCCCUCCUUUGCCCCUUACACCCUAAACUGGCGCCUCGGAGAUGUUACGGUAAAGACACCGGGACAAUGUCUGGGUAGAUAAUUUUUCGCACCUACCUCAGAAGCCAGCAAAUUUGGGAUUUUUUUUUCCUCAGGAUGUCCUCGGGACCCCACACCUACCCCUUUCCAUUUGCGCUCAAAACAGUCACGACUUCCAUGCCAAGUGUCUGCUAUAAAAUACUUGUCAGACAGUGAUAAUUGCUCUGGUCCCUGGUCCCAUCACAGAGGCCAGCAAAUUCGGCACCUUUUCACAUGGGAACUCCAAGGGGUCUCCUACUCCUCCAUCUUUAGCCCCUUGGCACUAAAUUGUCGUAUCAGAGACAUAACUGUGCAGAUGUCCAAGGCAGUGUCUGGAAUAAAAUACCACUUGGACAGUUGCUCUGGGAGAAGUGAGUCUCUGGUGUUAAACUUCACACCUCGGGAGCUGCCGGCUCUCCUCGGAACCUGGCAAAUUUGGCACCUCAGGACCAAGCAUCAGAGACGCCUGUGCCAGUAUCUGGUAUAAAGUUGGCAUUGUGGACUCCCCUUACAUGCAGCCACCGUCCUGCUUCAGAAUCUGAAAGCAUCCACAAUAUCCCCAGAAUCGAGCUUCAGAGACAUCUGCACCAGUGUCUGGAAUAAAAGACUUUUUGGGACAGAUCCCUUGGCUGAAUUCAAUUCAACUUCCCAACCCUGGUCCUGGAAUCUCCUCACACAUAGCCGCCGCCUCAGAAGCUGGCGAAUUUGGCACCUUUCACACAGGACAUCCUUGGGGCCAAGCAUCAGAGACAUAACAAGAAACAUCCGCGUCACUGUUUGGAGUUAAAGACUACUUGGGCAGUUUAGAAUCCCCUUAAACAGAGCCAGGGUAGCGUGAAAGGGGGCUUCUGUCUCCAUGAUGUUCAACAAUAUCCCGUCGCUGGGGUCCGGCAACAUCUCGGCGGGCAACUGGAGCUGCAGCAAGAACGAUGGCUUCAAGUACCCGCUGUACAGCACGGUGUUCAGCGUAGUGUUCGUGGUUGGCCUCAUCACCAACGUGGUGGCCAUCUACAUCUUCACCUGCUCGCUCAAGCUGCGCAACGAGACCACCACGUACAUGAUGAACCUGGUGGCGUCCGACCUGCUCUUCGUCUUCACGCUGCCCCUGCGGGUCUUCUACUUCAUCAACCGGAGCUGGCCCUUCGGCAGCGUGCUGUGCAAAGUGUCCGUGUCGCUUUUCUACACCAACAUGUACGGAAGCAUCCUCUUCCUCACGUGCAUCAGCGUGGACCGCUUCCUGGCCAUCGUGCACCCCUUCCGCUCGCGGACGCUGCGCACAAAGCGCAACGCCAAGCUGGUGUGCGCCGGCGUUUGGGUGCUGGUGCUCUCGGGUAGCUUGCCCACAGGCUUCCUGCUGGACACCACAUCGCGGCAGCGCCACCCCGCCAACGCCACCUUCUGCUUCGAGAACUUCUCCUCCAGCCAGUGGAAGUCGCACCUGUCCAAGAUGGUCAUCUUCAUCGAGACGGUGGGCUUCGUCAUCCCGUUGCUGCUCAACGUGGGCUGCUCCGUCAGGGUGCUGCAGACUCUGCGGCGCCCCCACAAGGUGAGCCGUGGCGGGGGUAAGCUGAACAAGACCAAGAUCCUGCGCAUGAUCGCCGUGCACCUCACCACCUUCUGCUUCUGCUUCAUCCCCUACAACGUCAACCUGGUCUUCUACUCGCUGGUGCGCACCAAGACCCUCAAGGGCUGCUUCGCCGAGUCGGUGGUGCGCACCAUUUAUCCGGUGGCGCUGUGCAUCGCCGUCUCCAACUGCUGCUUCGACCCCAUCGUCUACUACUUCACGUCAGAGACCAUCCAGAACUCCAUCAAGAGGAAGUCGCUGGCGGGGCGGCCGUGCGACGCCAAGUUGUCUGAGGCGCUGCAGUCGGAAUCCAGCUCCAACCUGCAGUGCAGCUUGAGGAACCUCAAAGCCAAGAUGCUACACAACGAGUCCACGGUGUGACUCUCUCUUUGACCCUUUUUUACGAGUUGUAAAAUACAACAUCCAGUUCGGGGAACUUGCCUCUGUCCAUUUGUGAGGCCCUUCGCACACUCCGUGUUAUCCUUCCGCUGAGGAUUAUACUGUCAUUGUGCAACUGAAUGGAAGGGAGUGCGAACACUUUUGGUAGUGCACGCGCGUGUGUGUUUGUUGCGAACUGUAGCACACUUAAAUUAACAGUUAUAUGGAGCUAAGGUCGGGUGGGUUUUUUUGUACACAGCAAUGGAUGAAAUUCUUCAAUAAACAAACCCAUUCGGACCAGAAAGCCCCAGCAGUUUCUUUUGAAUAUCUGAACAAUGUACACAGACAUAAGCAGCAGAGGUGGGAGACGGUAGUCACAUGACUUAGACAAUACAGACUGGUUUGGGACGAUAAAAAAAAAAAAAAAAACUGAUUGUGAAUGUGUUACUCCAGUUAACUAAUGCAAGUACUGAUACUGAGUACAAAGUGGCUUUUGUCGUGUGUGACUGAGCAAUACCUUUUUGACUUGCUUAAAAUUUAGUGGGGACUUGCUUGAUUUUUACGACAGUAACUCGGGACUUGCUGGAAACUUGGAAGACUUGGGGCCUGCACAUAUGUGACUUACUCGCAACUCUGGUAAACAGUGAUGCUGCAGCCAGGCUGUGAGGAAGUGAGUGUCGAGCUCUGGCCGGGCAGGGAGUAGUAACUUCCUUUGGAGAGGUUUUGCGCAACCUUUGAGCGAAACCAUACACGCGACGGACACUUUAUUGGGUACAUCCGCAUGUGGUAUCACUGCAUCAGGUCGGAGCAGACGAGGUGAUAAAGACAUCUGCCCUUCUAACUCUCCGAUGUCAUGUCAAAUUGGAAGUGAAACACUUCUCCUCACUUUGUUUGUGUGAGGUUAAAUAAUGUGUGUGCAUGACUAUGAUAUAUGAAAUAUAGUGGCAAAAUAUUUUCAUCGAAAGAAAUUGUAUAAAUGAGACAUUUCUGUGC